AUUAUUGUUUUUAAAUUUCAGUUAUAUAUCAUGUUUGCUGUGGUAGUGACUGGCGCAAGUCUCACAGAGUCGUUUCCUUCAUUGGACGAUUUGGCCGAACACAACAAACACCAACAUCGUUCGCAAUUGUCAAAUUCGUAUCACUUCGAGUACGUCGUACAUGAUCCCGUGACCGGUGAUAAGAAAAGCCACAACGAAGUUAGUGAUGGAAAUAGCACUUUCAAGGGAACGUACAGUCUGGUCGAACCAGACGGUUCAACCCGUGUAGUUGAGUACACGGCUGAUGACGUCCAUGGCUUCAAUGCCGAAGUCAAGACAAUUCAAUCAGAACACAAACCCUCGUCUACAGAACACAUAUUCGACUUGGCUGGGCAUAAGGUGCCCCAUAUUGAGGACUACCAUCAUGAAAAUAUAAUUUCUUCAUACUCAGAAUAAUUAUUUCAAAAUAUGUGAUGACAUAUCAUAAUAAUGUGCAGCAAAUCUGACUU